AUGGAUAUAAUUGAAUUAAUUGAAAAUAGAAAAUUUGAAAUUAUAUAUAAAAAUGUAAAAUUAAAAAAAUUAGAAAAAUUUUUUUUUUGUUUUCAACGUUAUAAUAAUUUAUACAAGGGAAAAAAUAAAUAUAUAACAAAUAUAUGGAAAAGUAUAAUUAAUGAAAAAGAAUAUUUUAAUAAAUUCAAUGAUUUCACAUUUGUUAAUUUUAAAUAUAUUUGUAACUUUUUUAUAAAUAUACCUCAAAAAUUAAAUGAUGAUGAAUAUGAAGAAUUAAUAUGCAAAAAAGGAGUUGAGAAUAAUCCGAGUAAUACAACUAUAGUAGAAGUUUUCCUUAUUCAACUGUUUUACGUAAUUAAACAAAAUUCAAAUAUUUUAAAAAAAAUAAAUGUAGAAGAAAAUGAACAAAACAAUGAUACAAAACAAAAUAAAGACAGUGAAAAUAGAAAUUUUAUAUGUAACAAAUUUCUAAAUAAGGAUUUUGUCAAUUUUUCAAAAUUCAUAUAUAUAAAUGAAAAUAAUGAAUUUGAAAUCUUAUUUAAUAUUAUUCAUCCACUCAUUUAUAACACAUAUGUUACUAAUUUAAUCAAAGAUAAAAUAGAAUCAUCUAUUAUAAAUAUUAAUGAAUGUUUUUUAAAGUAUAUGGUUAAUAUUUUAUAUGUUACUUAUAUGAAAAAUAGGGAUAUAUUAUUUUUUUAUUAUAUGAUUUAUAAAAAUUUAAAGAAAAUAAAAAAAAAUAUAAUCAAUAAUAAACAAAUUAUAAUUGAACAAAAAAUAGCAAAAUUUAUAAAAAGAAAAUUUAAAAAAGUAAUUAACAAUUUUAAAUGUUUAAGAACAUUUUUAAUUAAUAUAGGUGACUCUAACAUUAUUCAUAAUUUUGUAAAUUUUAUUUUCACAUUUUUAUAUAAUGAAUUAAUUAAUAUUAGUUCUAAUAAAUGGGAAAACAAUUAUAUAUCUUAUAAAGAAGAAAAUAAUUUAUUUGAAUUUUCUUUUUUUAUUUAUUUAUCAAUUCAGGAUUUAUGUGUAAAUAGUUCAUCAGUUUUUAAUUAUAAUAUACAGAAAAUAAAAAAUAUUCUCAAAAAUGAGCAAAAUAUUUUAUUUGAUAUUUAUAUGUUUCUGUAUUUUAUUAAUAACAGUGAUUGUGAUAAUUGUGUUAAAUUAAAAUUAAUUUUAUUAUGUUUAAUAAAAUGGAAUAUUUUAUCUGAUUUACCUAAACAGAAUGAUGAAAGUUUUUUAUGCAAAAUAGAAGAUACUAUAUAUAAUGAUUUAAUUGAAAAAAAAAGUAGUGAACUAAAUUAUAAUGAAAAUGAAAAUGAUGAUGAUAAUAAUAAUAACAAUAAUAAUAUUAGUAGUAGUAAUAAUAACAACAAUAAUAAUAUUAGUAGUAGUAAUAAUAAUAAUAAUAUUAGUAGUAAUAAUAAUAAUAAUAAUAAUAAUAAUAAUAUUAGUAGUAGUAGUAGUAAUAAUAUUUACAAAUAUAUAUCUAAUUAUUUGAAAAAUAAUGAUGAAUUAAUAAAUUAUUAUUUAAAAAAAAAAAAUUAUUAUAAUUUUAAUUAUUUAUUAAAAUACAUAUAUAUAUGUUGCUAUAAUAAUAUUAAUAAUAAAAAAGAAUAUUAUAUAAAAUAUGACUCUUUUGAAAAAAUUGAAAAUACAUAUAUGUAUAAUUACUGUGGAUAUAGUGAUGUCAUUUAUUCAUCUAAUUAUUUAUCAACUAAUGUAAAUGAUGAUCUCAUAAAAAGUAAUUAUAUUAAUAUCAUAUCCAUUUUAUUACAUAUGAGCAUUAUUAAUAUUAAUGACAUAUGGAGUUGCUAUUUAUUAAAUCUAAUUGAAAACAAUUAUUUUUUUCAAAUUUUAAAUUUCCUAAAGUAUAAAAAAAAAAAUGUUCUCUUUUAUUUAACAAUAUCAACUUUUUUAAAAAUAAAUUAUGAAUUGAUAUAUGCUUUCAUGAAUUUGGAAGAACUAAAAGAUGUAAAAAGAAAUUAUGUUGAAAUUAAUUUUUAUGUGGAAUUUUAUAAGAAUAAAAUGAAAGAAGAAUAUUUUUUAAAAAUAAAUUCAUUAAGAAAAGAAAUUGUAGAUUAUGCAUCUAAUGAAAAUAGAAUUUUAGAUAUUCUCUGCUUUUUAUCUAUGAAUAUUACAAAAGAGAUUAUCAAACUUCCAUUGAAUAUUUUAAAAAGUGUAUUUAAAGAGAUUUUUAAAUAUUUAUCUAAACCAAUUCAUGAUAUUAAAAAAAGUAUUAGUAAUUAUUUUAGUAAUAUGUGUUUGAGAAUCGUUUUUUAUAUAUUCGAAUUAAUAUUUAUUAUAUCAUCAUAUAUUUAUUAUUCUAAUGAAGUCGAAAACAUAAAAGAUUAUAAUAAAAAGUUUUAUAUUUUUUCUUUUUAUUUUAAUUUAAUAGAUGUUUAUGUUAAUUUUGUUGAAAAAUAUAAUAAAAAAAAUAAUGCAUAUAUAUUAUCUUUUUUAAAUUAUCAAUUUAUACAAGCAUUUCUUUUACUUUUUAAUUACUCUUUAUACACAAAAAAAAUUAUUAAUGAUUCUCUUGGUAUUGAUAAAAAAAAACAUGAAAAAGGAAUUACGAAUAAAGAGAAAAGAACAAAUUUCUCUGAUAAUUUAAACAAACAUAUUAUUUUUAAUUACAAUAAGAAUAAAAAAAACAAAACUUUUUUUGAAAAUUGUAGUAGCAAUUAUUUAAUAUCCAAUGGACAAAAAAGAACGAUGUCUCCUAAUAGAUUAAAUAUCAUGGAAAAUUAUAAUUACCACAAUCAAAACAGUAAACAACUAGAGGAAAACUUUUUAAAUGUAAAACAAAAAGAAAAUAUGGAUGUAAUGAUCAUCAAACAGAAAACCCUGAAUCAAUCAAAUUACAAUUAUAUUACUUCUAUUAUUUUGAAAUUUAUUGAAAAUAAUAAUGAAUAUAUAAAUUGCUAUUUUUACACCUUAUUAAUGUAUGCUAUAGCUAAAUUACAUUUAUCACAUAAUUACAGAUUUAGAGAAAUUAAUUAUUUAAUUUUUUUACAUAUAUUGCCUUGGGGUAGCUGUUUGGAUUUUUCUAUUAGAAAUAGCCAAUUAAGUUGUUUUUUUUUUCAAAAAUUUUAUGAAUGUGUUCAGAAUUUAUUACCAGAAAUUGUGGUUGAACAUUUUCAAGAUGAUUUAAAUUUCAAUACUACAAUUAAUAAAACCAAUAUAUUAAUAAAUUGCUUCGAUAAAGAAAAACAAAAAAAAGAAAAUUUUGAAAGAGAAUUUUUUAAUAGUGAAAUACAUAACGAAAACUGUGAUGAAUUACAUAAAAUGAAAAAUAUGAUAAGUAAGAAUAAAGAGAAAAAUUUCGAUGAAUUAAAUAAAUACAACUUAGAAAUACUUAACUUAUAUGAACAAAUUAUAAGUGGGAGAAAUGUUAUUAAAGCGUUAUUUUUUUCAGAAAAUUAUAAAAAGGUAGAUGUAUAUUAUUUGAAUAAAAUUUUAAAAAGUAGUGUAUUAAAAAAUUGCUUAUUAAUUACCACUUUUAUUAAUAUUUAUUUUUUAAAAAAAAAAGAACCUUUUCUUGAAAAUAAUUUUAUUGAUGUUAUUCAAAGUUUAUUUGAUGAGAAAGUAUCCUCAUAUUAUAUAUCCAUUUUUCAGAACCCUCUAAACUUUUUUUUAAAUUGUCCUAAUGCAAUUUGUGAGUUAUUAGUUCAAUAUGAUUGCUUAGAUAAUUUACUUUCUUUUAUAUUUACAAAAUUAUACUAUUAUUUAUCACUAAUACCUCCGAAACUUUCACCAGAAGAUUUUCUACCGAUAAAUGUAGAAGAUAUAACUUCUCUUCAAGAAACAGCAGUAGCACAAUUUAUACUUAAUCUCAAAAAAGAAAAUUUAAAAGAGAAUGAUAAGCAAAAAGAAAAAUAUAAAAUAAAAUCAUACAAAUACAAUAACCUUAUUUUUCAAGAUUUAAAUUUUUUCUUAAAAAAAAUGGAUGUAUUGGUAAAAACGUUUAAUCUAAACUGCUUAAACAGUAUAUGCGAAUCAGGUUUUAAUGCAAAAAGUGCAUUUUAUUUAUCUUUUUAUAUAACCCCUGCAAUUUUUACAAAUAUAUUUUAUUAUUUAAACAAUAAUAUUAUGGCAAUUGUAAAUGAAAAUUUUAACUUAGAAGAUAACUUAAAAUAUUAUGAACAUAUUCAUAUAAAAAAAAAGGAACAUACGUUAGAGCCAUAUAAUAUAAUUGAUAAAACUAUAUUUUAUUUACAAAUGGUUGUUUUUUACUUAAUUAUUAAUGCGAACAACAAGUUAAUGAAUAUUUCUAAUUAUAUUGAAAAUGUUUGUAUUUAUUUCACAAAAUGUUUACAAACAUAUUCCAAAGCAUAUGUAGGUAAAUUGAUUAUUUUAAUGAUACCCAUAAUGUUACAAUACUUUUAUUUUUUCCCAUCUUUUAUACCUUCCGUUAUAAUGAUUUUACCUCAAAUUUCUAGUUGUGAUAAGGAAUUUACAAAAGAAAUUUUAAAAUUUGAAAAUAAAAUUAGAAAAAUACUUGAAAUUUCAUAUAAAUUUGGUUCAGAGCAAAAAAUAUAA